AUGGAGAACUCAAUUCCGUCGUCUAUUUGGAACCUUAAAUGCUGUGAAUAGGAACCUCGAAAAGAAUGUGGGAAUUUCGAAUGUGUUAAAAGUGAAAUAAUAACAGAAGUCUCAGAAGAUAUGAUAAGUACCUAUGACAUGCAUAUCUUCAGUAAAGUAGCAUAACUUAAGUAACAUCAGCUUAAACACACAGAAAUAGUGCAUUAUACACUUGUGCACUAUUGCAUAAGAAAAGCAUCCCAAAUUUAUACUUUGUGUAAAGAUAUCAUGUCAUUAAGUAUUUUUUAAAUCAUGGCAUGGAAAAUGUAUAUUAGUGAUAAAUUAAAACAAUACGAAUAUUCAAUGUGUUCGUCUAUUUCCAUCUUCACCGCUCACCUCUAUUCCACCUAUGAAUCUUUUGGUGAAAAAUCGAAGCAAAAUUGAAGUAGUUAACAUUGUUUUAAAAGACCACAAAAAAAACCGCCUCUAGUAUAAUACUUAUAUAGCCAACGUAGCAAAAGAAAUUGCAUUAAGGCAUCCACCUUGUCCCAGGGCAGUGAUCAUGGCAGAGAGACAAGUGAGUGAGAAGGACAACGAUCCUGUGACAAGCGAAGACAUUCACUCUGUGUCCCUCACCUCAUCAACCUUCUCUGUCUUGAGUCGGUACCGAAAGUUUCUGCUGCAGAAGCUUCUAGUUGCGCUGCGGAAUAUCCCAGCCUUUGCAGAGUAUCCAAAGAAGAUGCAACGUCAGCUGUGCCGGGUCGGAGGCUUUGAGACAUUCGAGCCUCGCAGAGUUGUCUUACGAGAAGGAGAUCCUCCGAGUUCUUUUUACUUCAUUCUAUCAGGGGCAGUUUUGGUAACGUCGUUUGAUGAAAAGAGCGGGACGUCCAGAACAUUGGUUCAGCUUGACAAAGGAAUGUCCUUCGGGGAGCUAGCAGUGAUUUCAAACACAAAGAGACAAGCCACAGUCUGCUCAAAAACAGAAGUGGAAUUGCUCAGUAUUUCUGGUGAGGAAUUUCAAGACAUUUUUAUGGCUGGUGGAAAGAACAUCAUGGCAAAUGCAAAACAGCAGGAAUUUAUAAGAAAAGGAGUGGCCGUUGUUCAUCUUGGUUCAACACACAAAAGGGGCCUUGUACUAUUCUCCGGAAACUUCCCAGAGUCUACAGUGGGCGUCGUCGAUUCUAGAUCAAUAGGAGAGCUGAUCCUGACCCACCGGGAGAUCCCACAAGUCUGA